AUGCAACGUCCAAUGACAUCUAGUAAUAGGCCUACAACAUCUAAAGGCAGACCAAAAACAGCAGGAUUAAAUAAUAUAAGACCAUCUUCAAGAAGAAACUGGAGAAAUAAUAAUGAAAGUAAUAAUACUAAUGAUAGACCAAAUACAACUAUGAGAACUUCCCUGUCACGAGCACAAAGAACAGAAUCAAGAAAUGGUGUAAUACUACAAAAAAAUGAACCAACGAGUGGGGGAAUAAGACCAAUUACAGGAAGAAGAUUAGAAACAUCUAGUAUACAAAAUCGUCCUAUGACUAAACAAGGAUUAUCAGCUAAUAUUCCACCAUCUAGAUUAGGGACAGUUAUGAAAUCUAGAUUAGUAUAUGAUAAAAGUUAUUAUAAAGGAAUAUUAAAUAAUAAGAUUAAUACAAUUGUUAGUGAAUUAGAUAAUUUAAAAAAUGAAUUAGAACAAGGUGAAAUAGAUAGACAACAAGUAUUAUUUUAUGAACAAAAAGCAGAGGAUCAGGCUAGUGAGAUACGUGAAUUACAAGCACAAUUACAUGAAUUUAAUAUUAUUAUUGAUAAAAUAAAUACAAACAGUGACUUAGAGGAAAUAUUAAUUGAUUAUAAUGAGGUUCAGGAGGCUAAUGAAAAGUUGGCUGAAGAAUUAGACAAAGUAUAUAAAGAUCAUCGUGAAAAAGAAGCUGAAAUAAAAAGUUUAGAGGAUAAAUUAAAUGUAUUAAAACAUCAAUAUAAUCAACAAUUAGCAGCCCUAGAUCCAUCGUUAAAAGAUAGACAUGAAAAUUUAAUUAAAGAAGUUGAAAUAAAAAAAAAUAGUAUUAAAGAGGCUAGUGCUUUGGUAAAUUCUUUAGACAAGAAACGUGAAGAAAUAGAUAAUGCUAUUGGUAGUGCCCCAUUAAAACAACAGGCACUUGUAUUAAAUGAAAGAAUAUUAGAAUUAAAAAGUAAAAAAAAGAAAAUUGAAGAAGAAAUUAGUACCAAUGAGACACCAGAAGAUUUAAGAGAUAGACUUUUGGAACAAGUUAAAAAAAAUAAUGAAGAAAUUGAGAUAAUGGAAAAUCAAAUAGAUGAUAUAAUGCAAAAUAUAGAAAAUAUUAAAGAAGAAAUAAAUGAGUUUGACAAUAAUUUUGAAACUUUAGUUGGUGAUAAAAGUGAAAAGUACAGAGAAAUGAUGAUUAUGGAGAAACAGAUUGAUGAAUUUUUUAAUAAUUUUAUUACUGAAUUAUCUACAACUGCUAGAAUUUUACAGGAAAAAGAAAGAGAAAUAGUUGGACUAUUGUUAAAGAUAAGUAUAAAUAUGGAAAAAGAUAAUGAAUACGAGAAUAUGGAAAUACAAAAUAAAGAAAGUAAUGAUCCGGAGGUUUUGGCUGAAGUUCACCUAGAUUUACAAGAAAAAUUAUUACAAAUUGCUGAUAAAGUUUGGGAGGUUGAACAACAAAUUGAAGAUGGAAAAAAAGAAUACCAAAAAAUUCAAAAUAAAUUAGGUAUUGAUAAUGAAAAUUUGAAUGGAGAAAAUAUAAAUAAUAAAAGAAAAAAACUAGAAACUAUUAAAAAUACACUUCAAAUAAAAGAAAAUGAACUUAAUCAAUUAAAAAAUAAAAAUAAAGAAUUAAUGAUAAAGUUAAAAGAAAAUGAAAAUUAUGACAAAAUUAUAAAACUUGAGGAGGCAAAUAUUAAUAAACAAAAAGAAAUAGAUAUAUUAAAAGAAAAAGUUGAAAAGUUACGUAUGACUAAAGAUUUUGAAACUAUUAAAAAUAAUUGCUUAGAAAAGUAUAAAAAAUUAAAUUUACACUUAAUUGAGUUAAAUAAAUAA